AUGGCCAGCGGCAAUGCGAUAGAAUGGGCUCCCACACUGAAGCGUACAGGGUUCAUUUACAAAAGUACUGUGCUCUCAUUCAUACUCACUUCCAUGAGUGAUGACGAUGAUAAGGGCGCGCCCCAGCUGGAGGGCAAGUCUUCAUCGUCGAUUUCCUCCUCGAUUGUACUUAGUUCGCUCCUCGAGACCGUUGAAGGCGAAGAAUAG